CAUACAUAUAUAAAUAACAAAGUUUCCACACGAUAUAUUACAUGUUUUUGUGUAGUGCCAGUCGAAUAAAAUGUCUAAUAAAAUUUCAGUAAUUUUGUUUUUGUGUCUAAUAAUAUGGAAGGAAAAUAUCGUGGAAGCCGAUAGCAAGGCUUUAAUAAGUAUAGAAGGACGACUCAGUGGUAACAAAAAAUUCGAAGCUCUAGAUGGUUUUCACGGCACUUGGUUAGAAGCCAUGCUAGAAUGCAAAGCAAAUAACAUGGAGCUAUAUAGUAUUGACUCAAAAGACGAUAAUGCAGCUGUUUUCACAUACCUCAGAACACGUUUCGGCAAUACCACAGCUGGAUUUUGGACUUCAGGAUAUUAUUCUUCGAGUAAACAAUGGGUAUGGAUGACUACAGGUAAGGAAGUUGUUUAUACCAACUGGGAAGAUGAUCAACCGGACAAUGUUGACGAUGAAAAUAAGGAAGUCAUCGAAGCAACAUAUAAAUACGAUAAGGGUCUUUUAUGGAACGAUAGAGCAAUGAGUGAAAAAUUAGGUGUACUUUGUGAAGAAAUAAAAUGUAAAAAUAAUGAUACUGAUACUAAAAAUUGAUAAUUUACAAUCAGUUAAAUAAUUACAUAUACGUUUUCUUA